AUGGACAAGAUCGCCAUCACCAAGGAGCUCUUCUUGCUGAUCGUGCAAGACAGCGCGGUGCAGAAGCUGAUGGAUGAGUUGGACCUGCCGCCCGACCGCGCGAAUCUCUUUGAGAUCAUCGAUGCGGACGGCAGCGGGACGCUUCAAAUCACGGAGCUACUCCAUGGACUCCUCAAAAUUCGAGGUGAUCUCAGCAAGAGUGAUGCCGUGGCCUCCUUGCUAGCAACGCGCGCGGUGCAGAAUAUGCUCAGUGACUUCAUU